GUGCGCGCGUGUGUGUGCGUGCGUGUGUGUGUGUGUGUGUGUAUAUAUACUGGGGCAGCUCAGAGGCAAUUAACCACCCAGGAAACCGUGUCUGGAGCUCUACAACUGCCUCAACAUGAGGAGCUUGAUUUAUUUUCUGGCUCUCGUCAGCUCAGCUGGAGCCCUUGUGUGUCAGUCCUGCUCAGAUGCUCAGUGUUCAAACACAGCACCAGUGACUUGUUCCUCAGAGACCAUGUGUCUGGCAGCUUCUGCAGAAAUCAAUGAAGAGGGCAACAUUAGACAGCUGACCUACAAGGCAUGUGCAUCAUCCUCUCUGUGUCCAGCAACUGGCAGCCAGACAUUUUCAGUCAACUUGGCUUUAUCAAAAGCAGUUUUAGCUGUUGGUUGCUGUGACACUGACAACUGCAACUCUCUAACUCCGCCUAUCCCUGCUGCUCAGUCGCUCAACAGCCUGUCAUGUAAAUACCGCGACCCUUCCCUUCCUGCUACUGGCGUCACUCAGUGUAGGGGAAUAGAAGACAGAUGCUUUCAAGUGAAGGGGACGACUGGGUCCAGCGUAGAUCAAGCUUCCGGCUGUGCAUCCAACAACCUGUGUGCUGCUGCUGCCAGUCUGGCUGCUCUGCCAAUACUACAGAGUUUCCCUUAUUUGAGGAAUCAGAUAAGUUGUUGUCAGAGCAAUUUAUGUACUGACCUUACAACAACCACCACUACACCACCACCACCACCAAAAACCACUACUACACCACCACCACCACCACCAAGAACCACCACUAGACCACCAUCACACCACCACCAGCACCACCAAGAACCACCACUACACCACCACCAGCCCCACCAAGAACCACCACUAGACCACCACCACCACCAAAAAAAGCAUAACUAACAUCACAAAAAGCACCAAUAAACAUUUAAUGAAAGUUUAUUUACACAUUUAAGUGUGAUUGGAGUUGAAACUGUUUGAAUUACUUUACAGUGCUGCUAGUAUUGAUUGUACAGUAACUGGUGUUUGUGCAGCAUUGCAUAUACCUUUUGGUAAAUGUCAUGUGGUCAAACAUUGUACUAAAUGUGUAGUUCACAUACAAAUACAAAUACUAUUAAAAUAAAGUUAUGAUCUUUGA